GGCCUGGCGGUGCCUGGGGGUGCCGGCCCGGGGAGGGAGCUGAGUGGCAGCGAGCCGUCUCCCCCUCAGACCCUCACAUGGAAGCCCCUCCCAGGGCCCCAGCCCCGUCGGGACCCCUCCCCAGCCCUGAGCCCCAGGGCCCGCCCAGACCUCCCUGGGGCCCCACCUUUCUCCAUGUUUUGGGUGGCUGAGGGCGAGCACCUCUGGGCCCCCCUGGAGUUCCCGCAUCUGGGGAUGUCCUGGUGCCCCUCCAGCCUGGGACUCGUGACCGGGGAGGGCGCAGGGCCAGCUCUGGCACCCACUCCCCACAGUCUUCCUUCCUGCCCUCACAAGCCACCUCUGCCCUGAGCCACGCGCCCAGCCAGCCCCUCCAGGGCCUGGUUCUUGCUACAGAAGUGGAAGCAGGAGGGGGUUGCAGCAGCGAGGCCCCCCAGACAUUGCAGGGGGCUGCCACCAGCUCGCACCUCUGCUUGCGCCUCAGAGGGGCUCCAGGGGCUGAACCCGGUGGCCGAGGACACCUCUGCCAGCAGACUCCGGGCUCAGAGGAGCAGGACCUGGAGACCACGGACUCGGCCUCGGAGGCCAGCCGCAGCCCCCCAGCCCUGGAGUUUCCUGCUGUGGCCGCGUCCACCAAGCUCUGCUUGCAUCAGAUGGUGCUUCCUUCCUGCCUGUGGUCACCUCUCCAGCUUCUCGCACUUCCUGCGACGCACUGGCAGCCGCUUGGCUCACCGGGUCUAGGUGCUUGGGGCCGGGGCCAGAACCAGAGCUGACCCGACGCGCAGGACCUGAGCCAGCCACACGCACGGAACAUGCCCUCGGCCUUCGAGCAGGUGGUCAGGAACACGCUCCAGGAGCUGGACUGUGGCAGGGAGCUCGUGCCCGUGCGCAGCUUGGGCCACUCCGCCAGCUUCCAGCCCUACUGCCUGCUGGUGAAGGAGCCCUGUGGCUCCGUGUUCUGGAAGCCCCGCUUCCAGGGUGUGGAGCUGUCCAUCAGGGACAUCCUGGAGCCCGAUGCCCCAGAACCAGAUGCGGUGCAGGCCGGCCCCUUCCACUUCCAUGACGCCGUGGACGGGCGGCUGCAGGGCAGCGUGGAGCUGGCCGCCCCAGGGCAGGGGCAGCUGGCAGGGGAGGCCGCGAUGUCCAGCAGCUCCAGCGCCUCCAUGCACCUGUGCCUGCUGAGCGUGCCCCCCUGCACGUGGACCGCCUUGCGGCAGGAGAGACGCCUGCGGCGGCCGGAGCCCCAGAUCCUGCGGCAGCUGCGGCGCCAAGGGCGCAACCUGUACGUGGUGACCAAGGCGCUGCGGACGCAGAGGGAGGUGGAGGUCACCAGCACGCAGAAGCGGGAGGGCGCUGGCCGGUUCAUGCUGCCCACCACCAUGUGCUUGCAGGGGAAGGGCCAGGGCCACCUGAGCCACAAGCGGACGAUCACCAUCCCCUCGGGCAGCAUCCUCGCCUUCCAGCCGGCCCUGCUGACUAUGGGUUCUGACUGGGAAGUCGUCCUCUUCCCGGACAAGAGACAGAAGACCUUCGGGCCCCCUCAGGAAGGCUUCCUGUCCCUCGGCUUUGAGAUCUUCCACCGCGGCUCCGGAGGCCGGAUCCAGUCAGAUGCAGCUGCUUGGGGCUCCGCGCCCGCCGAGGACUGGCAGGGCCUCCAGGCAGAGGUGGCGGAGCGGGCCAAGGGCCUGUGCAUCCUGUCCGGGGAGCUGUGUGGGCAGCUGCGGGGCGGCCUGGUGGAGGUGCUGCCCGAGGAGGAGGCCCUGCGAGGUCUAGAGGAGUUGCUGGAGCAGGGCCUGAGAAGCGGGCAUGUGCCACCCCAGUCUGGCCCAGUGGGCAUCAUCCUGGGGUGCCUGAGCCUGUCCGACGGGAGGCUGGUAGAGGAGCUCACUGAGAUCGUCUUGUACCUGCUGGGUGCUCUGGCAGCGCUCAGUGACACUCAGCGUGGGCUGCUGGCCUGGGGCCUGGAGACCAGGGCCCUGCAGGCACCGCUCAGCCUGGUGGGCAGCGUCCUGGAGCAGAGUACACCGUGGCAGCUGCGCCAGCCCGUGUCCCUGCCCGCAUGGCUCCUGGGCAGCAGUUGGAGCACAGAGGCGCCUGCCUGGACUCUGCUGGAAGAGUGUGGCCUGGAGCUGCGGGGCGAUGCUCCCCACGUGAGCUGGGAGCCCGAGGCCCAGGGCCAGCUCUGCGCUCUCUAUGCCUGCCUGGCACUGCUCUCCAGGCUGGGCGAGGCCCAGUAGCUGCUGGCCUGCAUCAGGCACCUCUCCUGGCCAAGCUGCACAGCGCCCACCUGCUGGCAGCCCAGGAAGGACAAAGCCCAGCGGCCGGUGGCCUUUCGCCACGGUUGUGGACUCGGGGCUGAAUAAACACCAUGUGCG